AUGGCCCCAUCAACGCCGAUUUCCAUCCCCGCCUUCGCCGAGACGCAGCUCCAGCUCCUCCUCCACGAGCACGAGGCCGAAGUUGCCUCCUCCUCCCUCGCAUCAACCGCGGCAUCCGUAUCACCAUCAACGAGGCGAACGCUCCAAGCUACAGGUUAUGCGCUCACCGGCCUGGUCCUAUCACAAUGUCGCACCGGCCUAGGCGGCCGUGUCGUGGGCGAAUUCACACCGGACCCCGCCAUCGCGUCAAGCGGGCCCAAAUCACGGGAUGGCGAUGACUCCAGAACAUCGGAUGGGUAUCCCCGGCUUGGGUCUCAUGGGAUUCGUGUUGGCGAUGUGGUUCGCGUGAACGAUGUCUCUGCAGGGCCGGCGAAGAAGGCGGGAAAGGAUAAAGACAAGGGCAAGGACAGUGCCAAAGAAGGAGCUAAAGGUGGUCCGGAGGGCGUGGUAACCAGAGUGAGUGAAAAGGCGAUGUGGAUCGCUUUCGGCCAGAGAGGUGGCACUGGUCGCUCGAAAGAAGACGACGAAGCUAUUGAGGAAUUGUGGGGGAAGAAGCUCUGGGCAAUCAAGCUUGCAAAUGAUGUGACAUAUAGACGAAUGAGGCAGACGAUGGAGAAAAUGGCCAAAAUGACGGAGUCGGACCACUCGCACUUCAUGCGUGUUGCCUUUGGCCACACGACUCCAUUACAACCGGACUACGAUACAACCGGAGAUGUACAAUUCAUCGAUCCCACACUGAAUGACUCGCAAAAAGAUGCCAUUCGAUUUGCGCUGGCCUCCAAGGAUAUUGCUCUCAUCCAUGGUCCGCCCGGCACGGGAAAAACGCACACCCUCAUCGAACUGAUCAUGCAGAUGAUCCAGCGAAAGAAGCGUAUACUCGUCUGUGGACCAUCCAAUAUCUCUGUGGACAACAUCGUCGAGCGCCUUUCCCUGAACAAGGUCCCCGUUGUGCGGAUCGGACACCCUGCUCGCCUCCUUCCCUCGGUGAUGGAGCAUUCUCUGGAAGUCCUCACGCAGACAUCCGAUGCCGCGAGUAUUGUGAAAGAUAUCCGCAAGGAAAUGGAUGAGAAGCAGGCCAGUAUUCGCAAGACACGAACCGGCCGCGAACGACGGGCGAUCUAUGACGAUCUCAAACACUUAAGAAAGGAGUUCCGGGAGCGCGAGUCCAAGUGCGUUGAUAGUCUCGUACGAGAGAGCAGUGUGGUGCUAGCGACUCUUCACGGUGCUGGGGGUCAUCAACUGAAGAACCAAAAGUUUGAUGUUGUCAUUAUCGAUGAGGCCAGUCAGGCGCUAGAGGCACAGUGUUGGAUUUCGCUUCUCGCGGCUGAAAAGGUUGUUCUGGCCGGUGACCAUUUGCAAUUGCCGCCGACUGUCAAAUCGACCAAUCUCAAGUCCAAGGACAAGAAUAAUAAUGACACAGAGAAGACAGGUGACACAGCCGUGAAAGAGAAUCUGAAGGGGGUGUCAUUGGAGCGGACGCUCUUCGACCGGCUAUUGGCGCUCCAUGGCCUCGGAAUCAAACGAAUGUUAACGACGCAAUAUCGGAUGCACGAGAAAAUCAUGCGAUUCCCGUCCGACGAGCUCUACGAGUCCAAGCUGAUUGCCGCCGAUUCGGUCAGAGAUCGACUGCUGGCCGAUUUACCUUACGAGGUCGAGGGCACCGAUGAUACACAGGAACCGCUUGUCUUCUGGGACACACAAGGCGGCGACUUUCCCGAGAAGAGUGAAGACGACGAGAUAGGCAAGAAAGAGGCUCUCCUGGGCGAGAGCAAGAGCAAUGAAAUGGAGGCCCUGGUGGUCGCCCGGCACGUUGACACUUUGAUCGCGGCCGGGGUGCGCCCCGAGAGUAUCGCGGUGAUCACACCUUACAAUGGGCAGCUAGCCCUCCUGUCUCAGAUACUGCGUGAGAAAUAUCCCGGCCUCGAGCUGGGCAGUGUGGAUGGAUUCCAGGGCCGUGAAAAGGAAGCCGUGGUGGUCAGUCUCGUGCGCAGCAAUGCGGAGCACGAAGUUGGCUUUCUCGGCGAGAAACGGCGAUUGAACGUGGCCAUGACACGCCCCAGACGGCACCUCUGCAUCUGCGGGGACUCAGAGACCAUCAGCCGGGGUAGCAGUUUUUUGAAGCACUGGAUGGAUUAUUUGGAGGAACAUGCCGACCUGCGCUACCCUGACGCAGGGGACCUACUCUGA